CUAGUGCCCAGGCAAGUGACGCCUGCUCGCCCGCGCCCGCUGCCCUCCAAAAGUUUCGCGAGCCUCUUCGCUCUGCUGCUGCUGCUCAUGGCCAACAACACCCCCAAUCCACCAACAGCACUACAGCAGCAGCCUGUCCAGCAUGCUCCCCCGCCGCCACCAACCUUCAACUCCAGCGAGGGGCUCAGCGCCUAUUUCGCCCAGCUGACUGGCAACCCUUUCUUUACCGCCGGCUUUGGUCUCGCAGCGCUUGCGACUGCAGCCCGCGUAGGCCAAAAGGCCCUCACACAUGGCGCCUCCCUGGUGCGUCGUCGCAUGCUCGUCGACCUCGAGAUAACACGCCAUGACCACGCUUAUCCAUGGCUGCUGCUGUGGAUGACCAACUUCCACAGGACCCAGGCAACCGCCCAAGCGCCGUCCAAGGCUACCGGUCUUGUCGAAUCGCUCAUCAGUCGCAUCAACCCCCGUUUGCAUCACUUACAAGUCAGCACCGCCCAAUCGCAGACCGGCCCGGCGCACGCUGCCCACUUCUCCUUCGUGCCGGGCCACGGCAAACACAUCAUGCGCUACGGCAAUGCUUUCAUCUUCGUUGACCGCCAGCGGGACAAGGCCUUCGACAUGGCGACAGGCGUGCCCUUUGAGACCAUUACCCUCACCACCCUCUACUCGCAGCGCGGCGUAUUUGAAAACAUCUUCGCUGAUGCACACAAAAUGCACCAACAAAGACAGGAAGGGAAAACGGUCAUGUACAAUGCCAUGGGCGCCGACUGGCAGCCGUUUGGGGAAGCCAAGCGGAAGCGGCCUCUGAAUUCCGUCAUCCUGGAGCGCGGCGUGAAGGAGAGGAUUGUGGAGGACGUGCAAGCCUUUCUGGCGGCGCGCACAUGGUAUCUCGACCGCGGCAUACCUUACCGCAGGGGUUACUUGCUGUAUGGGCCACCUGGAACUGGCAAGAGCUCCUUCAUCCAGGCGUUAGCUGGCCAUCUGGACUUCAACAUUGCCAUUCUCAACGUCAGCCAGCGCGGGCUUCACGACGACCGGCUGAGCCACCUGCUGACCAAGAUUCCGCCGCGCACCAUUGUGCUGCUCGAGGAUGUCGAUGUAGCCUUCGCCAACCGCAGGAAGCAGGACAGCGAUGGGUACUCGGGUGCCACGGUGACCUUUUCGGGCCUUUUGAAUGCCUUGGACGGUGUCGCGAGUGCAGAGGAGCGCAUCGUGUUCCUCACCACCAAUUUCGUGGAGAGGUUGGAUGAGGCGCUCAUCCGACCGGGGCGGGUUGACAUGACUGUGCGGCUCGGCGAGGCUUCGGAGUAUCAGAUGGAGCAGCUAUGGGACCGCUUCUACGCCGAGUUCGAUGAAUCCGGUGAAGGAAAGAAGAGAUUUUUGGCCAAGGUGCACGAGCUCGGUCUCGUAGACGCGGUGAGCACAGCGGCGCUGCAAGGACUCUUCCUCUACAACAAGGACGACGUAGAGGGCGCGAUCAAGAUGGUAGAUGCCCUCACCGCUGGUCCCGGUCACCGCGAAGAAGAAAAUGUGGACCUGCCGGGGCACGUGGAUAUCCGAUGA